GCAUUUUCUUGCACCAAGUCAACAUGCACCGGCGGUUGGGAGCUCUCCAAAAGCUCAAAGCUCUCGUCGACACGGGUGCAUUGAGCCCGAAGGACGCAACUCACCGCGCAAUUCAGAUGCUGGAAAGCACGCCGCAACCAGUCCGACUGCAGGAGCCCCGAUUGGCCAAAAUAUCCAACGAACUCUUAGCCUUGACGCUCAAUGGGUCCGACAGGGCUUCUGCCUCAACCACAACCAUCCAAGGGCGAUUGAAUCGUCUGAUCCAAGAAGACAUGCGCAUGGAGGAUCAGUUCAAAGUUUCAGAUACGGUGCAUCUACCUCAAACUGUCGAAGCCUCCACGACUGCGCAACUCCGGUUAAUCAAAAAGCUCGACCAUCUCAAAGGAUCCAUCGACGAUGGAAGUCUCCAGCCAUUGGAUGCCGCGCGCCGCGCCAUGCAGAUUGCGCGAAGUGCGCCUAACGACACCGUCCUCGACCAUCUAGCAUCGAAGCACCUCCAUGACAUCCUACACCUCGUCGACGACACACGCAUCCGUGACUCCAUGCACCAGCAACUCGAGGCUCUGCAGUUGAUCCCAUCUUCGUCCCCUCCAUCCGCUUCCAGCGCCCCUCCGUCAACUCCUUCUUCCUCGCUCCCCACGCCCGCCAUAUUGGGCGACACGGUCCACUUUGCCAAGCUGUACACUGCCUUCGACCUCGGCCACCAUCGGCAAGCGUUCGACCUGCUGGCGCAGAUCACGCCGGCCAUGUGGAAACGGACUCCCCACGCCAACCGCCACCAAGUCAUCAAAGUCUCAUCGAUGGCCAUCACGUCCAUGGCACAUGACGAUGAUCAUCCGGUCGCGGCCCAGCACUUUUUGCAGUUUGUCCAGUCCGUGUUUCGGGCCAAGGGGCUGCCGUUGAACUGGAUCAACCAGCCCACGGCCAUCGCCGCCGUCGCCGCGGCCUCCGUACAAGUCCACGACUCCGCCACGCUCCUCCUGCUCUACAAGUCGCAGGUCCGCGACGCCAAGCGUGCGAAAGGGUAUUUUGCCCAACGAGCCACCACCAAAUCGAUCAAAUCGACCAGCAAUAAUGCGCACAAGACGAUCCUUCCCCCGUCGACGGCGCUCUUCACAGCCGUCGUCGACACCCUUGGCGCUCUCCACCGCCAAACCGCACUCCCCGAGAUCAUCCGGGCGUUUCCAGGUCCCGUCGGCCACGGCGGACUCCUGGCGCUGCUGCGCGUGCUCACCCUUCCGUCGUCGGCCCCCCACGUGGUCCAGCUGGCCGCGUCCUUCCCCCUCCAGUCGUUCGUGGACAGCCAGUUCCAAGCGCCGCUGCUGCGCGCCAUGCUCAAAGUGGACUUGGUCGUUCAAGCGUACGACGCGCUGCUGCACAUGCACACACUGGGCCAGUCAUCCGUCGCCAAGCAGAUCCCCUCCAGCGUCCAGACUGACAUUCUGGUUGAGUUGUACAAACUCAAGGCGUUCGACCGCUUCCACACCGCCUACGACGAGCUGUGGACGCGGGGGUACCAGGUGGGUCUCCUGGAAUUCCGCGCCCUGAGCAACGUCGUGCCCCCUGCCGUGCUGCAGACGAUGCUCGGCCGGAAAGAGUACCGCCAAUGCCUCCAAGAAGCCCAGCGUCGGGCCAGUCGCCAGGCCCAGCGGUCCCACGAAAUGGAACUCGCCGCGGGUCUCGACCUCCGCGCCGCGCCAGACUCCAUGUGUGCCGAGAUGCUCAACCUCCACCUUAAGGCCCUAUCCCGUCCAGAAGACGUGAUUCUGUUCGUCUCGGCGGCCAACCAGGCCGUGGUCGAAGCCGCAUUGGUAGCGGAUGGCUUGUCCUUCGUGGCGCGGCACCACCACCAGCUCGUCGUGCCCGCGCAGUCCGUCGACCAGUUUAUGCAGCGAAACGAACGGCAACGCACGCGAGACUUCGUGCUCAAGUUUUUGACAUUACGAGGGUUGGCAGUCUACUCGAUCGUGGUCGGUGGGGUGGCCAUCGCAACCACCACGACGUAGUUUCACGGGUGGUUAGAACUCGACGCCUUCGAUGUACUUGAGCGUGUUGCGGUAGUGCGUCUCGACGUCGGCCCUUGCCUGGCCUGGCUCCAUCGUCUCCAAAUGCUCUUUCACCAACGCAAUCAGCCCCACCACGUACUGCUUGGUCACCUACCAUCACCCCCCCAUGUCACACACCAUGUCACACACUAUCCAGCCACCACUGACCUCGGGGGUGCGGCCGAUAAAGUAAUACAGAUACUACGCACACACAUGUGUGUGUUAGUUAUUCACCA